AUGUCAAUAUCAUUUUCACAUGAUAUUAACAUCAGAGAAUCCAAUCGUACUUCUGCGAUUGUACUAUUAAUUCAUUUUAAUUUUGAGAAGGCUCGUUCUGAAGAUGAACUUGAUACUGGUAAAUUUUUAGUAGAAGAGGAAAAUUCAUAUGCAGUUGAAGUCUUUUUGAACAGCGAUCGGUCUAAUUCUCGUACUUCAACUUGGAAAAAUACAGACGUUGUUGAAAUGAAAAAAUGUAUUGCUCUUUUAUUUCACACGGGUACUAUUCGCCUCAGAGUCCUACAUUUUUGCAAAAUUCCAGAACAAAAUGAUAAUCCUACAAGUCGCUUACAUAAAAUCGACAAAAUGACAAAUUAUUUCAAUAAAACAAUGGAAGAACUUUACCAACCAUCUAAAAAUGUAUCGAUCGAUGAAUCUAUGGUUUUAUUUAGAGGAAGACUUAUGUUUCGUCAGUAUAUAAAAAAUAAGAGACACAAAUACGGGAUUAAGUUGUAUAUGAUGACUGAGUCGUGGGGAUUGGUUCAUAGAGUUCUAAUUUAUUCAGGAAAAGGUAUUGGUACAUCAGAAGAGUUAAAUCAUACCGAAUACGUUGUAAAGAAACUAAUGGAAGGUUAUUAUUACAAAGGCCAUUCAAUCUAUAUGGACAACUAUUAUAACAGUGUCAAGAUAGCACAUUAUUUAUUAGAAAAACAAACAUACUGUACGGAAAAGGGAGUUGGUGUGGUAAAAUGGAAAGACAGACGAUAUGUGAUCGCAAUAUCUUCAGAACAUUCACACGAUUUGAGAGGAUCAAAUGCUUUCCUAUUAUCCUUGCGAAAGGAAAACGUUGCGGUGGUAUAA